AUGGCUAAAGGUAAGAACAAAACGAGAGAAGGUGGGAACACCAGAUCCAAUAACUCGAGAGGCUCGAAUGGUCAUCAUUCAAAACAGAAUCACAAAUCUGCAGAGUUCAAACAUAACCAAACACAUACAACCAACAAGUUCCCAACGAAGCUAGCUAUGUGGGAUUUUGACCAUUGUGAUCCUAAACGUUGUAGUGGUAAGAAACUUGAACGUCUAGGACUAAUCUCAUCUCUACGUGUUGGUCAGAAGUUCCAAGGUAUUGUGGUUUCUCCUAAUGGGAAAGGUGUUGUAUGUCCAGAUGAUCUUCCUAUUGUCGAAGAGUUUGGUGCCUCAGUGGUUGAAUGUUCGUGGGCCCGUUUAGAUGAAGUGCCGUUCAAUAAGAUUGGUGGGAAACAUGAAAGAUUAUUGCCAUAUUUAGUCGCUGCAAACCAAGUGAACUAUGGUAGACCUUGGAGACUGAAUUGUGUAGAGGCUCUAGCAGCAUGUUUUGCCAUCGUCGGAAGAAUGGAUUGGGCUGCCCAAUUAUUGGAGAAUUUCUCUUGGGGGUUAUCAUUCUUAGAGAUUAAUGCUGAAUUAUUAGAAAUAUAUCAAAAGUGUACAGAUGCAGAGUCUGUGAAAAGAGCGGAAGAUGCAUGGUUGGAAAAGAUCGAACAAGAAACACUUGAUCGUAAGAAACAAUCACAAGAAACUGACUUAUGGAUGAUGGGGAACGUCAACAGAAUGAACAAACUAAAUAUGGAUGACAGCGAAGAAGAAUCAGCUGAAUCCUCAGAAGGAGAUGAAUAUAUAGAAGACACUGAAGAUGUGGCAUAUGAUGCAUUGGGAAACGUUAUGCAGAAGAAAGAGGUAAAAUAUGAUUCUCUAGGUAAUGCAAUCGAGGAUGAAGAGCAAGAAACGGAAGUGAAAUAUGAUUCCCUUGGGAAUAUAAUAGAAUAA